AUGUAUACAGUCGGAGACACGACAGUGCAUGUGGCAGAUAUAGGACAUGAAACAUGCAAGGCAGGAUAUGCCAGCAGUGAAGUACCUUCUAUUUAUGAGAAAAGAGAGGGGAGGUCUUUAACAGAAGCACUGACAAAUACGCUAGAAGAGCUUACAGAUGAUUUAUCUUCUAUUCCACUUAUUAACAUAGAAGAUCCGUUUAUGCACAGAGAUAUGCGUAAAAAUGUAUUUUCACACAUAAUGGAGUCAUCUUUAUGUUCUGGUUUAUUAUUUAUUAAUGGAGCAGUUGCAGACUGUUUUAGUUACGGAAAGAGUUCUGGGCUUAUGGUAAGACUGUGCGGGAACAGUACACAGAUUAUUCCGGUGAUUGAUGGAUACUGCCUGAGUGGAGGAAUAAAGAGCUCAUGUGGCGGAGAGAGUCUGACAAAGGUGGCGUAUGAUUUAUUAAAGAAUAAAUCUAAAGAACUUGGGACCGAUCUUCUAGUUCCACCAACUGCUAUUGAAGAAAGAACUCGAGUCUCAUUUGAGCAGAUGCCAAUAUACAAAGAGAAGACUACGUAUACCACCUUAUCUGAGGAGAGUAAACUUCCAUUACAGUUAGAUGUAGCAAAGUGUUUUAAAGAAUCUAUUUCUUUUAUUGGGCACUGCCAGCCAAAGUAUUACGAGUUUUCUACGGGGUUCAGCACAAGAAUAUUCUCUGAGAGGAAUAUAAUACCAGAGAAGUUAUUUGAAAAAACAGACCGCACCAUGGACAGACUAGACCCACAGAAACAGAUUCCUGGCCCUAUAGAGCCAAUGGGUCUCUUGGAUAUGAUAAAGGCCACAAUGGAUUCUGUUGAUCUUGACCACUACGACAUGUUAUUAGGGAAUAUAAUGGUUUCUGGUGGAGGUUCUUUAAUCCCGGGAAUAACAGAAAGACUUCAAGCAGAUUUAAUGGCAAUGUAUCCAAAUGCCAGAGUCAAGGUAAAUAAUGACAAGAGAGAUUUUAGUACCUUUUUUGGAGGGUCUAUUCUGGGAUCACUUGGUACUGCCUGUACACUGAUGAUUACUAAGCAAGACUAUGAAGAGUGCGGACAGUCUGCACUAGAAAGAAAGCGAUCCGAGUGGAUAAAAUAAAAGAAAUAAAGGCAGAACUCGAUUAC